AUGUUCAAGAACACCUUCCAGAGCGGAUUCCUGUCGAUCCUUUAUUCGAUCGGCAGUAAGCCACUGCUGAUCUGGGACAAAAAGGUUCGAAAUGGUCACAUCAAGAGAAUCACCGAUAACGACAUUCAAUCCCUCGUACUUGAGAUCGAAGGCACCAAUGUCUCAACAACUUACAUCACCUGUCCCGCAGAUCCAAAGAAAACGCUGGGAAUCAAGCUUCCAUUUCUCGUCAUGAUCAUCAAAAACUUGAAAAAGUACUUCACAUUCGAAGUCCAGGUGCUUGACGAUAAAAACGUACGUCGAAGAUUCCGCGCAUCAAACUAUCAAUCAACAACGCGUGUAAAACCGUUUAUUUGCACAAUGCCGAUGCGAUUAGACGAUGGCUGGAACCAAAUUCAAUUCAACUUAUCAGAUUUCACAAGAAGAGCUUACGGAACUAAUUACAUCGAGACAUUGCGUGUGCAGAUCCACGCCAAUUGCCGAAUCCGCCGCGUUUAUUUCUCGGAUCGAUUGUACUCAGAAGACGAGCUACCUGCUGAGUUCAAGCUGUAUCUCCCUGUACAAAAUAAAAAAUAA